CCGGGGCUGCCCACGGGAGGUGUGUUGGGCCACUCAAGGCCACCCGUGGUUAAAAGGGAGAGUCCUCCCUCCCUGGGAGAGUUUGGGAUGCAGAGCUGGGAACAGCUGAGGUGGGACCAUGAGGGCUGCUCUCGGGGUGUUCCUGCUGUGCCUGGUGCUGCUCCCUCCCCUUGCAGCGCUGCCCAGGAAGGGGGAGAGGAAUUCCCUGAGCCCAGAGGAGCUGGAAGCAGAGGGGAGAAAUAGGGAAAAUGCGAGUUUGCAGGAACCAGCCGGACCCAGCUGGGCGGGGAGACCCAGGAGGGCCACUCGCCUCUUCCCCGAGCCAGGAGCCAAAUGCCCGCAGGGAAUGGCCGAGGAGGGCCGGCCCCGCUCCAGCGCGCACCCCUGGCCGCUGGGCGGGCUGGAGGGGCCGGUGUGCAGGGUGAGGAUGGAGCGGGACGGGGUCGCCCCGGGCCACCUGGACGUGGUGGGGGUCCUCACCCCCCUGCAGCGCAUCCACGGGCACGUGGUGGAGCCGGGCCCGGAGCGAUUCCUCGUCCUGCACCUGGAGGAAGUGCAGUGGGAAGCGCAGGCGAAGCUGCGGUUCCAGCUGGUUUUCCAGGCGGAGCUGGGCCGGGCGCUGGGGGAGCUGCAGGCGGCCGCGAUGCUCUUCUACCUGGGCCGGCCCGAGGGCUCCGGGCGCCCGCAGGAGCUGCUGGUCACGGGCCCGGGGCUGGCCAGGGACCAGAGGCUCUGCCUGUCCCGGGACACCCAGUACCUGGUCCUGGGAGCCGCCGCCGGCUCCGUCACCCGCGGCCCGGAGCAGCUCCGCUUCUCGGCAUCGCUGACGAUCCGCGGCGCCGAGGGAGGUGCCCCCCUGCCCCCCUCGGAGGUGCAGCAGCUCCUGUUCGGCUCCGAUGACAAGUGUUUCACCCGCAUGACCCCGGUGCUGCUGCUGCUGGCCAAGGCACGGCCGGGGGAGGGGGAGGAGGCUUUGGCCCCUUCCUCCUACCUCUCUGCUGACGGGGUGGUGGACACGGCUCCGUACCCACAGCUCAGCCCACCCCAGGCCGGGACCGAGGAGCUGCCGACCCCCACGGCCCCGAGCCAGGCCAACACUUCAUCCCCAGCUCCCGGGAGCAGCAGCCAAUUCCUGGGAAUGCUGACCCGCUUCAUCCGGCAGGUCCUGAGCUCCUCCAGCGAGCUGCCCCCGCAGCCCAGCGCCCACCACUGGCUGGACUUCCAGGCGAUGGAGACCCUCCCUCACCAGCUGCUCAACCUGUCGGGGGAGGCGGCGCUGGAGCGGCUGGUGCAGUCGGAGGAGCCCUCGRUGCUGCUGUUCCCGCAGGACAGCGGGGCCGUGCUGGAGCAGCUCCUGGGGCACUGGCAGCCCGAGGGCACCGUGCUGGAGCUGCUCACGGGCAAACUGCGGGGGGUCAUCCAGGAGCUGGGGGACAUCCCGGCUUUCCAGGCCAACACGGCGCUUUUCCAGCACCUCCUGAGCUUCUGCUACUUCCCGCGGGGCGGGGAGGAGGGCGAGGCCCCGGAGCGGGUGCCGGGCUCCAGGAAGCUGCACACGCUGCUGCUGCUGAAGGCGCUGCAGUCGGUGCGGGAUCGCUGGCAGGAGCGCAGGAAGGUGCAGCGGCAGCACCGCAGCGCUCGGCCCCCGGCCCACUGCCGCCUCCAGGAGCUCACCAUCGACCUGCACGACCGCAAGUUCAUCGUCAUGCCCACCGUGUACGCGGCCAACAACUGCGAGGGGCCCUGCAGGCUGCCCCUGUCCACCCGCGUGCCCAGCUACUACUCGCACACGGUGCUGCUGCUGGGGAUGCAGGAGCGGGGGGCGCCGCUGCAGCGCCCGCCCUGCUGCGUCCCGGUGCGCUACUCCGACCAGCUCAUCAUCAGCCUCUCGCCGGAGGGGUUGGAGAUCCGCAAGUUCCCCAACAUGGUGGCAGAGGAGUGUGGGUGUCGGUGAGGCUCCUCCCGGCCCGCCCCCCCCGCAGCUGGAGCUGGUGCUUCCCCUGGAGACGGGAGCUCCCUCGUGUCCUUUCCCCACGGUUUGGCUCGUUCGUGUCUCUCAGGUUUCUCUGGUGUCUCCUUUGCUCCUCACAGUCGCUUUCCCACCGCU